CGGGAAGGCAGCCGGCGCCCCGCAAGUUUCGAGCGCGCCUCUCCGCCCGGGGAAAGUUUCCCUCGCGUCCGCCGGCGGGAGUUGGCGCGGGGUCCCGCCGCUGCCUCCGGAAGAGUUUAUCCUGAAGCCACCAUCAAAGAGAGACCUCAAGAGAAUCUUGACAACCUUGAAGGGAAAGGCACCAGUUGAAAAAGGUGGGCAUCUCCUGGACAGCCCUGGGCUUGGAGUGGCAAGAGCUUCUGACACUGUCAUCAAAGCAACUUGAACUCGCUGAAUUUGGCAUCUAGAAACGUGAGCACAAUCCUUUUCCAGACACUGGUCACCCAGGACAAGCUGGGCCAAUAAAAGAAAUAUACGGGAGCCCCUCUGACCAGGAGACUCUGUCCUGCUGACACCUAAAGAACUGCCCAGGCAGAGCAUCAUGGAAGGCGACUGUCUGAGCUGCAUGAAGUACCUGAUGUUCGUUUUUAAUUUCUUCAUAUUUCUGGGUGGGGCCUGCCUGCUAGGCAUUGGCAUCUGGGUCAUGGUCGACCCCACCGGCUUCCGAGAGAUCGUGGCUGCCAACCCCCUGCUCAUCACGGGUGCCUACAUCCUCCUGGCCAUGGGGGGCCUGCUUUUCCUGCUCGGCUUCCUGGGCUGCUGUGGGGCCGUCCGCGAGAACAAGUGUCUGCUGCUGUUUUUCUUCCUGUUCAUCCUGAUCAUCUUCUUGGCAGAGCUCUCAGCGGCCAUCCUGGCCUUUAUCUUUAGAGAAAAUCUCACCCGUGAAUUCUUCACCAAGGAGCUCACCAAGCACUACCAGGGCAACAACGACACGGAUGUCUUCUCUGCCACCUGGAACUCAGUCAUGAUCACAUUUGGUUGCUGCGGGGUCAACGGGCCUGAAGACUUCAAGUUCGCAUCAGUUUUUCGACUCCUGACUUUGGAUAGUGAAGAGGUGCCAGAGGCCUGCUGCCGAAGAGAACCCCAGACUCGGGACGGGGUCCUGCUGAGCAGGGAGGAAUGCCUCCUGGGAAGGGACCUGUUCCUGAACAAGCAGGGCUGUUACACAGUGAUCCUCAAUGCCUUCGAAACCUACGUCUACCUGGCCGGAGCCCUCGCCAUCGGGGUGCUGGCCAUCGAGCUUUUCGCCAUGAUCUUCGCCAUGUGCCUCUUCCGGGGCAUCCAGUAGAGGGUGUGGCCUGAAGCCUGGAGACUCACCCUGCCCACAACCACCCAGCACCCGUCGCCCUCCCCUCCCUCACGCCCCUGCCCCCUGGGCUCCAGGGGUGGGGGAGGGGAGGAGGGGAGGCCAUCAUAAGUGGCCAAAAGAAGGGGCAGGGGGAAAUACUUAUUUUUUUAACUAAGUGACAAAAAUACUGACCGAUGUACCCUGCCUGGAUUCUGGGGUGGGGGCCAUGAGCUCUCUGCAGGGACCCCAGCACCUGCGCCCCUGAUGCAGUGUGCACCAGAGACCAAAGGAACACCAGUCCCAGGUCCCCUCCUCCGCCCAGCUGGACUCUGGCAGCCCCAGGCCUGGGGCCUUUCCUCACAGCUUCGGGACCAGGUGCCAAGAAAGAGAGGAUUUGGGUAACAGGAAGAUAAAAGCAAAUCUCGGAGAGGUCGCCAAAGCCCGGGGUCCCCAGAUGGACUUGGUCAACAUGUCCUCGAGGACUCGGCACUGACUCGCAAUCCCUGGUCCUCCGGUCCAUGGAGUUGUCCCUGCUCCAGCUGAGGCCGAGAGUGGGCUGCGGACACUGGAUCCAAGAAAGGCCCAGCUGGUGGGGUCUUUGCUGUCCCCAGCUGUUGGACCACAUUAUCCAGAAGAAGGCACAGACUUUCAUCCAGUCACACAGCACAUGCACAACAGUUCUGGACAAGAACUGGGUCAUCUCCAGGCUGCCUGUCACUCCCUCCACCUCUGUUAGUCCAGCAGACCUGCUGCCCACCCCCGCCUCAGCCUCAGCAUCGUGGUUUCCCCAGAAGAGACAGGGCAGGCUGACCAAGAACUACAUCUUCCCAGGUCCACGGCUAAGAAAAUUCGGGACUUUGUCCCCCCUGCCCUCCCUCUCACCCCUACCUGCACUUCUAGGCCCCCAGGAACACGCACACGUACACACACCAGAGUCCCCUUUCCACACCGCCCACCUCCCCCCACAAGCCAGUCCCCUUCCCUGUUCUCCACCAGCUCCCCAGCUCUCAGAGCUGGAAGGAGCCCCCAAGAUCACCGGGUUCUUCUCUCCUCACCCAGAACCAUGGUUUGGAUAUCUUCCGUAUGAUCCCAGCCAAGACAUCUCCACCCUCCUCUUGUACACCUCCAGGGAUGGGGAGUUCACUACCUCCCAAGACAACCUUCUGCCUUUGGACUGCUCACUAUAGCAUCAGCUCAAUGCACAGCAGAAAUUUUUCUGUGGUUCCUCCACUUGCUCUCUCUCCUUCCCCCAGUGUUAAGGCCACAUGUUGUUUCUCCCUGAGCCUCGUUAUCUCCAGGAUAAAGAACUCCAGGGCAUCUCAUCA